AUGGCCACCACGGUGACCUGCACCCGCUUCACCGACGAGUACCAGCUCUACGAGGAUAUUGGCAAGGGGGCUUUCUCUGUGGUCCGACGCUGUGUCAAACUCUGCACCGGACAUGAGUAUGCAGCCAAGAUCAUCAACACCAAGAAGCUGUCAGCCAGAGAUCACCAGAAGCUGGAGAGAGAAGCUCGGAUCUGUCGCCUGCUGAAGCAUUCCAACAUUGUGCGUCUCCAUGACAGCAUCUCUGAGGAAGGUUUCCACUAUCUGGUCUUCGAUCUGGUCACUGGUGGGGAGCUCUUUGAAGACAUUGUAGCAAGAGAGUACUACAGCGAGGCUGAUGCCAGUCACUGCAUCCAGCAGAUCCUGGAGGCUGUACUCCACUGUCACCAGAUGGGGGUUGUCCACAGAGACCUCAAGCCCGAGAACCUGCUCCUGGCUAGCAAGUGCAAAGGGGCCGCCGUGAAGCUGGCAGACUUUGGCCUGGCCAUCGAGGUACAGGGGGACCAGCAGGCAUGGUUUGGGUUUGCGGGCACACCAGGUUACCUGUCUCCUGAGGUCCUGCGGAAGGAGGCAUAUGGCAAGCCUGUGGAUAUCUGGGCAUGUGGGGUGAUCCUGUACAUCCUGCUAGUGGGCUACCCACCGUUCUGGGAUGAGGACCAGCACAAGCUGUACCAGCAGAUCAAGGCUGGGGCCUAUGACUUCCCGUCCCCUGAGUGGGACACUGUCACCCCCGAGGCCAAAAACCUCAUCAACCAGAUGCUGACCAUCAACCCCGCCAAGCGCAUCACGGCCCACGAGGCCCUGAAGCAUCCAUGGGUCUGUCAACGCUCCACAGUGGCCUCCAUGAUGCACAGACAAGAGACUGUGGAAUGUCUGAAGAAAUUCAAUGCCAGGAGGAAGCUCAAGGGGGCCAUCCUCACCACCAUGCUGGCCACCAGGAAUUUCUCAGUGGGCAGACAGACCACCGCUCCAGCCACAAUGUCCACCGCGGCCUCCGGCACCACCAUGGGGCUGGUGGAACAAGCCAAGAGUUUACUCAACAAGAAGGCAGAUGGAGUCAAGCCCCAGACAAACAGCACCAAAAACAGUUCAGCUAUCACCAGCCCCAAAGGAUCGCUCCCUCCAGCAGCCCUGGAGCCUCAAACCACCGUUAUCCAUAACCCAGUGGACGGGAUUAAGGAGUCUUCUGAUAGCACCAACACAACCAUAGAGGACGAAGAUGCCAAAGCCCCCAGGGUCCCUGAUGUCCUGAGCUUGGUGAGGAGGGGCUCGGGAGCCCCAGAAGCUGAGGGGCCUUUGCCCUGCCCAUCUCCAGCUCCCAUUAGCCCCCUGCCAGCCCCGUCACCCAGGAUCUCUGACAUCCUGAACUCGGUGAGAAGGGGCUCAGGAACCCCAGAAGUCGAGGGCCCCCUCUCAGCGGGGCCCCCGCCCUGCCUGUCUCCGGGUCUCCUAGGCCCCCUGCCCACCCCGUCCCCCAGGAUCUCUGACAUCCUCAACUCAGUGAGGAGGGGCUCAGGGACCCCAGAAGCCGAGGGCCCUUUGCCAGUGGGGCCCCCACCUUGCCCAUCUCCGACUCUCCCUGGCCCCCUGCCCACCCCGUCCCGGAAGCAAGAGAUCAUCAAGACCACAGAACAGCUCAUCGAGGCUGUCAACAAUGGAGACUUCGAGGCCUACGCGAAAAUCUGUGACCCAGGCCUGACUUCAUUUGAGCCUGAAGCUUUGGGCAACCUGGUCGAAGGAAUGGACUUCCACAGAUUCUACUUUGAGAACCUGCUGGCGAAGAACAGCAAACCGAUCCACACAACCAUCCUGAACCCACACGUGCACGUCAUCGGCGAGGACGCGGCCUGCAUUGCCUACAUCCGCCUCACGCAGUACAUCGAUGGGCAGGGCCGGCCCCGGACCAGCCAGUCUGAAGAGACCCGCGUGUGGCACCGCCGGGAUGGCAAGUGGCAGAACGUGCAUUUCCACUGCUCGGGCGCGCCUGUAGCCCCUCUGCAGUGAGAGCUGCACCUGGUUUCGCCGGACAGAGUUGGUGUUUGGAGCCUGGCUGCCCUCGGGCGCACGGCCUGCCUGUCGCAUGUUUGUGUCUGCCUCGUCCCUUCCCCUGGUGCCUGUGUCCGCAGAAAAACAAGACCAGAUGUGAUUCGUUUUUAAAAAUAAGAUGACGACAACCAUACACACAAAAAAAAAUUGA